AUGUCUGGAAGCGCGACCGUACCGCAGACCGCACGAGAAGCUCUGCACGGUCACGAUGCUUCACGAUGGGCUGAAGCCAUGGAGAAAGAAUUAUCGAAUAUUGAAUCGAAGAAGACAUGGGAAGAAACAGUACUUCCUGUAGGUCGUCGUGCAAUAGACUCACGAUGGGUGUUUGCGAUCAAACACGAUGCGGACGGAAAUGUCAUCAAGUACAAAGCAAGACUAGUUGCCAAAGGCUUUUCUCAACAGCCUGGUAUCGACUUCGAAGAAACGUACGCACCCGUAAGCCGUAUGGUCAGUCUUCGUCUUCUUCUUACGAUCGCGGCAGCGUACGAUCUCGAAUUACAUCAAGCCGAUGUAGAGGGUGCAUACUUGAAUGGUAAACUUCAAGAAGAGAUCUACAUGCGAUAUCCAGAAGCCAUGGUUCGAAAACCUGGUUGCGAUGUUCUACGAUUGAAAGGUUCUCUAUACGGACUAAAACAAUCUGCACGAGUAUGGUGGAUUGAACUCGGAAAUGCCCUUUCGAAGAACGGAUUCGUACGACUCGAAUCUGACUGGGGAAUGUACUAUAAGCCCUCAGAUGGUCAGCAAGGACCUAUAAUAGUACUCGCAUACGUAGACGAUCUCGUAAUCGCUGCACGGAACAAGACUACGAUUACGAAGCUCAUGUCCUAUCUGAAAUCGAAAUGGACAAUGACAGAGGUUGGAGAAAUGUCACAGAUCUUAGGUUUAAAGGUCGUACGAGAUCGUACACGAAAGAUCAUACAUCUAUCUCAACCAGCUUAUAUUGAAUCAGUAGCAAAACGCUUUACGGCUGCUCCACGAUCGUACACGACACCUCUUCCCACUAGACCUGAAACUGUACUAGUCAACUCGAACGUUCUCGAUACUUCGACUGGAUAUUUACAAGUAAUAGGAUGUCUUAUGUGGAUGGCUGGUGCAACAAGGCCUGAUAUCUGCUAUGCGGUACGAUAUCUCGCACGCUCCUCGGCUCAACCAACUCAAGCACAUUACGAUCUAGCUCUUCGUGUCAUCUCGUAUGCGACACAUUCGAAAGACCUGGGUUUGGUCUUAGGGGGAGCUAUACAUGGACUUGAGGGAUGGGUUGAUGCAGAUUACGCUGGAUGUACGGAAACUCGAAGGUCUACGACAGGUUACCUGUUCAAGUUCUGUCAUAGUACAAUCCAAUGGCAAUCAAGAAGACAAGCCACAGUUGCGCAAUCGACUCUCGAUGCGGAGUAUACGGCAACUGCUGAAGCAGCUCGAGAAGCUACGUGGUUACGAACAUUGCUUUCGGAACUCGGUAUGCGACAAGGGUGUACGAUUCUACAUUGUGAUAACCAAGGAGCAAUACUACUUGCUAGUAAUCCUGGUACGCACGCUCGUUCGAAACAUAUCGAUGUGAAACACCAUUAUAUUCGGAACAAAGUGCACGAUGGUGAACUCAAACUCGAAUACGUACAAUCAGAACUUCAGAAUGCGGACUUUCUUACGAAGAUAUUAUCGCGU